AUGCCUCCUAUGAGAAGAACAAACAUUGGACGGCGUACACGUAAUGCAAGAAAGAUUAAUGAAUUUAGACGUGCCAGUAGACGUACUCAGGCCAGCGCUGCACAAACACCGAGAGUUGCGUUGCAAAACGACCCAUCGGCUGCCGAAUUCUCGAGACAACUGCCGAUUCCGAUUGAUGUUUUGACUGGAUUAAUAUCGUUUCCGGCAAAUUUUUGUGAGUUCACAUCGUCGAAGGAAGAACUCAUUACAAAAGUGUUCCCAAACAUUGAUGUCAAUUAUAACAAUCUCGAUUGGGCAAUACUAGCAGCGAGGAAUAAGGACGUCGAUAGCUUAAAUUUUACAAUAAAAUUUUUCAUACAUAGAAUAAUAAGCAAAUUAGAUAAGAGUAUUAAAAACAUGAGUAAUAUGACGGAAGAAGCCACCCAAUGA